AUGAGUGACUUCAAGGGAUGGCCGGGGAACGAAACUGUCUUCAUCGUUCCCAUAGUGAUCACCGCAGUCUCUUUUGUGGCCGUGGUCUUGCGGUUCGUAUCCAGGACUUUGGUCAGGAGACGGAUAACUGUGGACGAUUGGCUGAUUCUGUCGGCAUGGAUUCUGGCACUUGGAUUAACGGCUUCUUUAGCAAUAGGAACGAAGUAUGGUCUUGGGAAUAAAGAACCUUUGGUGGAAGUCUCUAUGAAUAAACACAACCUAGAGGCAAGAGGAAAGGCUCGAUUUGCACUGGUUGUCCUAUAUAAUCCAACAUACAUGGCAACGAAGAUAUCAAUAUUAUUUUUCUACUUGAGUCUUUUCAAAAACUUUAAGCCGCUCAAGUGGGGCGCCUGGAUUACCAUGGGAGUGGUUGGAAUCGGAGGAUUGAUAAUGACAAUGUUGAUAUUAUUUCAAUGUCAUCCUAUUUCUGCAGCCUUCACGAUAGAUUAUGAUCCCCUAUUAGAGUCACACUGCAGGAAUGUAAUCACGAUAUUCUAUGCCUCAGCGCCACUGAAUAUAAUUACCGAUUUAGCAAUCCUACUUCUGCCAAUGCCAGUCCUGACAUCAUUGAACCUGCCUCGGAAAGAGAAGAUUGUUGUGGUCUGUUUGUUUGCAGGUGGUGGAUUUGUUGUAAUUAUUGGUGUCGUGCGGAUCUACUUCCUUGACAAAGCUGUGCUUUCAGGUAACUUCGACUCGGAUGUCUCUCUAUCGUUCAUGUGGUCAGCCAUUGAGGUCAACGUGGGCAUAAUGUGUUCUUCAAUUCCGAUGCUCAAGCCCCUGGUUGUGAUUUUGAUUCCGAGCUUUUCCUCCAUUCAUGAAAUCGGCUAUAACUCUCAGCCUAGAGGAAUCCCUACUUUUCACGGGGUUUCCGGAACACAUGAAUUGACUCUACGCGGCACCGCGAGCAACGAGUCUGCAAUGCAGGACCACAGCACUUUUGGCGCCAACAUAAGCCAUAAUACUGCAUCAUCUAGGAUCUGCGGUAAUACGACGGAACUGUUUUCACCUAUUUCGGAAGCACGAAUGAACCCCGUUGAGGCCUCGGUGAGACAGGUUUACAAGCCGUUAAUCCUGGUUACGAUUCUGUUCUUCUUUUGGGGAUUCUCGUAUGGUCUUAUUGGGGUUUUGAGAAGCAAAUUUACUGUGCUUUAUGACUUUUCACUCGGACAGUCUUUGGUGUUGGAGGGUUUAUAUUUUGCACCAUAUGCGUUUACACCCCGAUUUCUUUCAGGGCCUCUGCUGAAAAAAUAUGGCUUCAAGGCUACUUUUAUUACUGGGCUACUCACAUAUACUGCCGGCUGUUUGGUCUUUUGGCCAGCUGGAACCUUAGGCACUUUUCCGGGAUUCAUUGUUGCAGCAAUCAUUUUGGGAGUUGGUAUUGCAACAAUCGAGACUGCUGCCAACCCAUAUGUCAUUUUGGUUGGCCCACAGGGAAUGGGCGAAUCCCGGAUUUGCUUUGCACAAGGGUUUCAGGCAGUCGGCACUAUCUGUGCAUCGCUUUUGGAAUAUUAUCCAGCCUUCUCGAAAAUAGGCUCUAAUGAUGAGGGAGUUGCGGACAUGAAUUGGGUCUUUUUGGCAAUUAUUUUAUUUAUGGUGUCACUUGCUGUUGUCUUUUAUUAUUUCCCACUCCCAGAGAUAAGCGACGAUGAGUGUCCUAGUCUGCCAAUCUGUGACGACCCUAGGUUUUGGAGGACCGAGUUUGCGCUUGGACCGAUACUCGCUGUUUUGACAAUCUUCUUUUACGUCGGUGCCCAAGAAAUGUUUAACGUAUUUUGGGAAGAAUACUUUGCCUCCGUCGGGAUAGGAAAUCUAAGAGUUGAAAUGAACUGGGAAAUGCUUGGUUUCGGCCUUUUCGCAGUUGGCCGUUUCGCGGGUAGCUUGGCUCUACUCUGGCUUUGCCCCCGCGUUGUUUUGUCCUGCACUUUAGUUGGUUGUGUUGUGACCGCCGCACUCGCAAUAACAAGAACCGGAAAGGCAGCCGCAACUAUGAUGGUCUUGAACCGCUUUUUCCAGGCCAGCAUUUUCCCUAUAGUCUUCGGAAUGGGCCUUCGUGGCCUCGGACGCCACAGUAAAACUGUCUCAAUCUACCUCGUCACCGCCAUUUGUGGCGGUCCGGCACUCUUAAAUGUCUAUUAUGCUGUAUCGAAGGCCAGGGGAUACAGCUUUGGUAUGCUAGUUCCAACGAUCCUCUUUGGUCUAUGCUUGGCGUUGCCAAUUUACAGCUACUUAUCCCCGAACCAGUUCCAACGAUUUGGAGCUGUAAUCAGGGGCAACACAUCUGGUGCACUGGAUGACGUUCCGCCAAUGGCCAAGGAUGUGAUUCAAUAUGUUAGAAAGGGCUUAGGUGCGAAACAGUUAAAAGCUGUAGAGCAUAUCGAGCACCUAACAGUAUGA